CACAUCCAUGAGAUGGAUGUGUAACAACAACACCAGCAACAGUUGGUUUAGAACUGGUCAUUCAAAUAGACAUUGGUUCGCUCGCUCCCUUGCUCUCUCUCGCUAUACGAAAUCCGCUAAAAAAACACUUGGAAACAUGGUUUUAGAUUUGGCAAAGAAAACCUAUUUUCUAAUAACUGGUGCUUCCCGUGGCAUUGGCAAGUGCAUGGCAAUUGAAGUGGCCAAAAAACUGAAAUCCGGUUCAGUAGUUGUUUUGGUGGCACGCGACCUGGUGGCCUUGGAAAAAACCAAAACAGAAAUUGAAUCGAAACGUUCUGACGUCACAGUGCUGGUAUACUCCGUGGAUUUGUCCAAAGCAAAGGCGGAAAAUUUCCAAGAAUUGUUAAGGAAUUCCCUGAAGCAGGCCAAUGCGAAUGCUGAUACCUUUGAGCGGGCUUUUAUAAUACACAAUGCCGGUACUGUGGGUGAUGUUUCCAAAUCGGCCAAAGAUGUAACAGACACCGCAAUUUGGUUGGACUACUAUCACACCAAUGUAUUUUCCACCAUUGCCCUGAAUGGGGAAUUUUUCGAAGAGUUUUCAAAAAUUCCCAAAUUAGUCAUCAACAUCACUUCGCUGUGUGGCAUUGAACCAUUUGCCUCGAUGAGUUACUAUUGUUCCGGCAAGGCAGCCCGUGAAAUGUAUUUCAAAGUUUUGGCAGUUGAGGAAAAAGACACAGAGACUCAGGUACUCAAUUAUGCCCCCGGACCCAUUGAUACCGAUAUGACGGUGCUCAUCCAAAGGGAGACCAUUAACAAGGAUCUACAGGAGACAUUCAAAAGUCAACGAGAAAGCAAAACAAUGCUCACUGCCGAACAAACCACCGCCAAAUUUAUCAAAAUUUUGGAAGAAGUUGAAUUCACAUCUGGAGCUCACAUUGACUUCUUUGACUAGCAUGGAUGUGGUGGUGGGUGAGGAGGUGAAAGUUGAAACGACGUCAGACGACAAACAUUUCAUGUACAGCGGCUUGUAUGUAUGUAACUUGUGUGCUCAAAUUGUUUAACAACAAAGUUUGUAAAAAAUAUAGAACUAGAAAAACAGGUAC